AUGGUUUCCACGAUGAUUCAUCCUCCAUAUUCCACUAUUGAAAACGAUUUUGUCAUGAAGAUCGGAGAAAUAGUUGAUACAGACAACAUGACGUUGGAAGCCGAGAAAUCUAGCGGCAGUGGACUCUUCAUUCCCGCAAAGCGCGGAGGGUCUCAAAGUGAUGCUACUGCUACUGAACCAUCAAUUGCAGUUGUUGGAAUGAUUGGAAAAGACGCAAAGGCGGGAGGGAAGGGUAAUGGAAAGCAGGCUGCAAGUGGAAGUGAUGAGAAUGCUUCUAAGGGUAAAGGAAAAGGUGGGAAAGCUGCAGAUGGCCUUGAUUCUUGUACCUAUGUCAAAGGUAGAAAAGUUUUCCUAUUUUCAAGCACCAUUGUAACCAUUUAUGAUCAUGUCUUAUGUGAGAAACAAGGUAAGAUUAAUGAAGCCUACAAGAAGCUGCAGGAUGGUCGGCUUAGCAACGGAUAUAAGGUUCCUCCGACAGAAUUUGCAAAGGUAGCCCAAGAAUAUUCUUGA